AUGGCGAUACUCUGAUGGGGACAGUCUAAUGGAGAUUUCCCGAAUAACAAGACAAAAGGAGAAAUGGCGACAGCGACGACAUCUGCGAUUAGGGCACCAAAUUGGAGAACUGUUGUGUUAUUCUGGACUAUCUCUCUCACUAUUUUCUACUCUCUUUUCCAAAUGGGUCUUCGAAAUUCGCCAUCUACUUCAUCAUCAUCAGAUUCCUUUGUCACCUAUGUGGAGCAAAGCACAAGGUUGUAUGAUAAAAUGGAACGGGAUUUACAAGAAAACGGACCGGUGUUCCUUAAACAAGGUGAAACGUCUCAGUCAUUGUCACUUUCUGAUCUCUUCACACUGAAAGAUGGAAAGAUAUCACCUGUCCUCAAGGUUGCGAAUCCCCCUGUGCGAGCUAAUGUAUUACAUCUCAGCACAGAAUACUCUGUCCCAGUCUCGAAAGCCGUCGAAAAUGUGUUCAGUCCUUACUUUGAGAAUACAAUCUGGUUUCAGGACUCUAAGAUGUACCACUUUAGCAUGUUUCAUGCAUCGAAUCACAUUUUCUCUGUUCCAGCUACUGAAGAUGAGGUUGAAGGAGAAGCAGCUGCUGUGAAAGCAGUUGCAAAUAAGCUUUGCCCUUUGGAGAUUAUCUUGGAUAGAGUUCUAUUAACCUCGACUGGUGUUCUUCUUGGAUGCUGGAAGGUUAAUUCUGGAGAUGACCCGAUAACAAUCCGCUCGAAACUGAGAUCUGUUCUUCCACGUGCACCGGAGAAGCAACUUUAUGAUGCUGCAAUUCUUCAUACAUCAUUAGCAAGGCUGCUUGGUCCUCCAAUAUCUCCAACCGAGGCAAGUUUCACUUAUCUGGCUGGUUCUGGCGACCAUCUCCAGCUUCUCCAUAAGUUGGUCACAAGACUAAACAACCAAAUCCGAGGAUUCAAGGCAAUAGUAUCAGAGCUGUGGUAUGUAGAAGAGUUUGAUCUGCUGGCGCUUGCAUUGGGAGGAAGAAUGAAGUCUCAAUCUGUAUCUCCAGUGAGUAGUGAAUUUGAGUGGAGGAAGAAUCAGAUUCAAAGCCAAAAUCAAAGCUUGGUGAUGGGAUCUGGAGCUGGAAAUUUCCUCAAGGUUCUUCUCAGGAACUUCGAUGUUCUUGCUGGGCCUGUGGUUAGUCUCGUGUAUCCUCUAUAUGCUUCAGUCCAAGCGAUUGAAACUCAAUCUCACGCUGAUGACAAACAAUGGCUAACUUAUUGGGUCCUUUAUUCAUUACUUACUCUCAUCGAGCUCACAUUCGCCAAACUCAUCGAAUGGUUACCGAUAUGGUCAUACAUGAAGCUGAUCUUGACUUGCUGGCUUGUCAUUCCCUACUUUAGUGGCGCUGCGUAUGUCUAUGAACAUUUUGUGAGACCUGUGUUUGUUAACCCACGGAGCAUUAACAUUUGGUAUGUGCCAAAGAAGAUGGAUAUCUUCAGAAAACCAGACGAUGUGUUAACAGCUGCUGAGAAGUACAUUGCUGAGAAUGGACCUGAUGCUUUUGAGAAGAUCUUAAGCCGGGCCGAUAAAUCAAGAAGAUAUAAACAUGAACAUGGAAGCUAUGAAACAAUGUAUGGUGAGGGUUAUCAGUACUAAGAGAGGAAACUUGAAAAGCUUUUAAUCUUAGAAUGUGUGAAGCAAGCUCAUGUCGUUGUUCUUGUUUGUUUAUGCCUCUUUUUUGUGGAUCUCUCUCGUGUAAAAAAGUUGAUAAUUAAAUCAAGAUGCUUUAUGCUCCAAUUUAAUAAAGCUUAGAAUCGAAC